UUGCUAGUGCCGUGAGCGGAGGGCGAGGACAGACUUCCUGCUGCUACAGGCGAAGAAGAAGAAGGAGCAGCUACGACUAGCCAUUGCCGAUCGGGUGAGGCCGUCGGCGCAGGACACUGGAGACGCAAACAGAUAAACAAACACGGGUGACGCGUUGGAACUUUUAGACAUCGGAAGAACCCCAAGCAGAUGAACGGCACCACUUUGACAACUAUAGCAGCUAGAACGCGAUAAGAAGUUCUAUAGAGCCAGUCAGUCCACCAAGUGGGAAUCACCAUGAUGAGCGGGAAUGCCUAAGUUUCUCAUUGGAAAAAGAAAAGUGCGAGCGUUCGUAACAAGCUGAGAGGAUACGUGUCUAAAUGAUCCUGUGUGGAACUCGAUUUCAUUUGUUCGACGGGCAGACAAAACCAUGAAAUUACUGUGGGUUGAGAAGCAGUUUAUUUGAGCCUUACGCUAGACCUACGGGCUGCUCUAUGAGCAAUAGCCCGUGCUGGCUAUAUAAGGCCAGCUUCAUCUAAAUCAACAACAACUCUACUUAUACAUAUAUGAACCUUGAAGCCACCUCCUAACCGAUUCCUGCCCUCUAGCGGCAGAGGGUAUAAACGGAGUCCCCAGAAACUUGCAGGAAAUGGGAGUGAAACUUCGCGCGCAAGUUGACAUUCGGCUGUUCCGCGUAGCAGAAACCUCAGAGAGUAGCAGGUAAACUGCUAAGCAGGAAAACUGAGCAGGAGGGAAGAGGUGGAAGUGGAUUUUUGUCUCGAUAACACGAGGAUUCGUUCAUCUUUCACCGAAAAUGAGCAGCAAAGCAGGGACUGUUGGUCUGCUCAGACCGUCUUCAGCUAUAUUGAGUCACAAGUCUGAGUCCAGAGCGCACUCGAAGGAGCGCCACAGGAAAACGAGCAUGAUCUGCACCAUUACACCGGCCAGCGACGGCAUCACCGUCUCUUCCAUGAACUCCGGGACGGCCAUCCACACCACAACCGCCAACUCUAGUACAACCUCCUCUACCUCCGCAACAACAGCUUCUUCCAAGACCACCGCCUCGUCCGUGACGAACAACAACAGCAGCAGAGGCAACACGAUCAUAAACCCGCCCCCGCCCACGAUCAUCAAAACCCCCGCCCCAAACAAGAACAACACCAGCUCCCCGCUCCUGCACGGUUCUUCGCCCCACACGCGGCCCUCUUCGGGGUCUUCUGGCUCCAACAGCGGCGGCGGGUCCGGUUCGAACAACCAGAACAGGAGUUCCUCCAUCACCACGACUCACCUCUCGCCUUGGUCGGGCCCUACAACCUACACCUCCAACAGUAAUAACAAGAAGACAAACGCCACGGCUGAUUCCAGGCUCGUCGUGGUUGGCUACCCAGCUGUAGGAAAGUCAGCACUGGUUGUUCGUCUCCUCACGGGGCGUUUCAUCUGGGAGUACGACCCUACCCUAGAGGCUGCCUACCGUCAUCACACGACGAUCGACGAUGACACUGCUGUCCUUGAUAUCUUGGAUACAGCUGGCCAGUGCGAGGGGGUUGUGAACGAGGCACACGCUCGUUGGGGAGACGGCUUCAUCCUUACGUUCAGCCUGACUGACAGGAGGAGCUUCAGUGCAGUGAAGGAAAUACACGACGCCAUAGCUUCAGCCAGACAGAGUCCGAACUUCUCGUGCGUCGUUGUCGCCAACAAGACAGAUCUAAGACACCUGGCAGAAGUCAGCGAAGACGAAGCAUCGGAAGUAGCGGGCGAAAUCGGCGCUUCGCUGUUCCUCACCUCGGCUUGCGACGGAGGACCGUCGAUACAGGCCGCCUUUUCGGAACUACACCGGGACGUUAUCCGAAGGCGCUGGACCCGCCGCCGCCGUUCGUCAGCCAAGACGGUCAUAGAGGGGUUCUACAAGAUGUUCACCCGAUGAUGAUCGGGCUCGUAGCGGCCAGACACCACUGGCUGGCAAUCUUACCGAAAACAAACUUCAGUGUGUGCCUACAAGAAGCCUUCCCAGAUUACACCUCUUAGUGAUCUCAGAACCUUCAAGUGUUUUUUGAGUCUUUGUUUUAUACUUUAUGUUUGUUCCUCAUCAUCAGAGAUUCUCCGCAGAACUUUAUGAUACGAGUAGCGCUAGCAGCGACCGCCGCCUGCCCCAGCAGCCAGGUUGGAUCAUUUUCCCAAGUCUUGUGUGCUGUGCAAGGCUGAAACUUAAUCCAGUAACUGAUUUACUCCCACUUCCUGACUACCUCCGAGUAUGCCGUGUCUUAUAACUGUAAACGUAACUCCAGAUACGCUUUAUUUUUCAUGGUUAAUCUCUGAGACUGUUGAAAUAAUUAUAUAUAUAUAUAUAUAUAUAUAUAUAUAUAUAUAUAUAUAUAUAUAUAUAUCAUACCCACAUCUUCAAUAAGAGAAAAAGUGAUAUCCCACCUUGAUUAUUAUACACCGAUGGAAUUAGUUAUACCUUGUAAAAAAUUAUUUAAACAUGUUAAUAGCAACUUUCCGACCUUACUUUAGUGAUGCAGAAAUCCUAUCAUAACCCUUUGGUCGGAUACUUGCCAAUGAUCUACAGAAAUUGCUAAUAUAACCCCCCCACUGGAAACACUUGGCAACAAUGCCUCACGAAGUGGGCGUGGCCUGUAUCCAGACUUAGAGUGAAAACACAACGCUUGUGUGAUAACGUUCAAACAUUGCCUGGUGAGAAUCCCUUGCAGUAGUAAUGAUGUUUAUUGAGCAUCUGUAUACACUAUGCAGAUAUAUAUACAAUGUGGCAUUGCAUAUGCAAUGGUCACUCAAUGUUUUUACUGGCGAGUGACCCACACACACAUAUAUAUAUAUAUUUAUAUCCUUAACCAUCCGAAACUUUUUAGCAUAUCUGUGUAUAUAUGUGAAACCUCCAUUAUUUUUAUUUUAUUUUUUCAUUGUGCGUCACUUCGCGGUCAAAGCGACACAACUUUUUAUUAUUAUUAUUACUAAUGUUGCAUAUGACGACUUUUUCUUAUUGUUUAGUUUGAUAUUGAAGUUCAGAAAUGGAUAACGGUAUGCCAAGUGUUACCUAGAUCUUGGAAAUUGUAAUGUAUAUGUAUACAUACAGUUUUAGUUCAUAUACAAAUACACAUACUCUAUGUAUAUACAAAAUUCAAUAUGACAAACGCACAAAACAAACACAUGCACACAUACAGUGUCAAGAGCACUUUCAACAAACGUUAUUACAGAGAGCAAAUGUAUAGAAUAUAAAAAAAGCAAUAAACUUAAAAAAUAAUGGUAAAACCUAGUACCAUGAACUGUUCUGCCUUAAACCGUAUACAUGCCAAUGGUGUAUUGUCUCAUUUUUCUUUUUUUUUAAAUCUUGAAUGUAAUAUUUUCUUACCCUCGAAUCAUCCUGGACCAACUGCCGUCAAUAUAUAAAUGAAGAAACACCUGUAAUCAUAUGCAUAAAAUCACAGCUAUAGGCCUACUGAGAGAUAACCACUUCAGGUUAAGCCAGUCUGCUUUUUACACGGGAAGGUCAGCAAACUCUCUCUCUCUCUCUCUCUCUCUCUCUCUCUCUCUCUCUCUCAACUGUGAGCAGGAGCAUGGUUUUGUGCAUAAAAAAACACGCAUUUGCAACACGAAACUCAUCAUUGUGGAAUAUUAUAGAUAUAAUAUCUCGCCGUGUUACUUUUUGUACCUCUCGUAAACUAUAAGUUUCAUUUUUCUCUUUUGUUCCUCACCAACCCCCUCAUGUUCCCGUAAAAUAAACCCAUGUGAUAAUAACUUACGCCUUUGACGUAAAAAUAAAUGUUAUAUCCAAAUAAAAAUUGAAAUAAAAGA